AUGGCGAUACUUCCCCCCAAAACCUCCAUCACCAGCAAGGAAUGGGUAAUCCCGCCACGACCCAAGCCUGGCAGGAAGCCUGCAACCGAUACUCCGCCUACCAAGCGCAAAGCUCAGAACAGAGCUGCACAGCGGGCCUUCCGUGAGCGGAGAGCCGCUCGAGUAGGUGAAUUGGAAGAGGAACUUGAAGAGCAACGGGAAGAGCAUGAACGUGUUCAGCAGCAAUUGCAUCAACGGAUUGAGGCUUUAAGUGGCGAGGUGGAUUCUCUGCAAAGUCAGUGCGGUAUUUUGAAGGACAACCUAGAAAAGGAACGUGCAGAAAGGCUAGCGGUUACCCGUGAAUUAGAGUCUUUGCGGCGUCACUGGCAGAACGGUGCCUCUAGUAUCUCGUCAUCGAGAAAUGGAAGUUUUAUGUCGCAGCAUGGGCGGCUUCCAAGCGUUUCUUCACAACACCACGCCUCGAGAGGCAGUUUUACAGCUAAUGUCCUUGGACAUCGGAAUUCAGCAUCAGCUUUCUCCAUACCCCAGAUGAUAUCUCCUCCAGAGUCCUCGGAUCAUCCCCAAGGCGUAUCAGACGUCAUUGGCUGUGGUAAUUGCAGCUCCACAGGAACAUGCUCAUGUGUUGAUAGUGUACUUGCAAACACAACCGUUGAGUGUGGGAAAUGUAGCAUCGGCACGAGAUGUGAAUGUCUCGAGGCAGCGCUUAGCACUCCCAUAACCUCUGUUGAGGCUGAGCUGAAACGGAAGCACUCGUCUAUUGCUGAGCUGGCGCCUCUGGAAAAGCGACAGAAGUCAGAGUCCUAUCCCAACGAAAUUGACUUUACUGCUAUGUUCUCGUCUAAGAAGAAAGUGGUAGUUGCAGAGCCUCCUUCUGAAGAGCCUCUUCCAAUGACACAGCCUCCACUUCAAGCAAAAGAGCCAUGUGGCUUCUGUACAGAGGGUAGUUACUGCGUGUGUGCCGAAACUGCUGUUAUCCAGACCCUACCCCCAAUGAACCAGCAAGUCGAGACACCGCCCCCUUCAGAGGAUGAUGUGGGACCCCACCCUAUGGAAGUUACCUCAACAGGUGCCAUCAAAUUACCAAGUUUGAAAACCCUUAAACGCAACUCAUUCCAACCCACACGCAAGCCCACCGGUUGCGGUGCAAACGGCCCUGGAACGUGCUCUCAGUGUCUCAGAGACCCUAAGUCGGGACUCUUUUGUCGAAGCCUCGCUGCGACCUUCGCUCGUGAGUCUGGAAGCGCGACUGGGGGUUGCUGUGGUGGCUCAGGUGGCUCGGGAUGCUGCAAAUCUGCUAAACCACCAGCGCAGACCUCCAACCCGGCCGCUGGGGUAAGCUUGUCGUGUGCAGAUGCUUACCAGACUCUAUCAAGCCAUCCAGGUUUCGAACGUGCAAGUGAUGAAAUCGAAACAUGGUUGCCAAAACUCAGAGCUGUUCCUGCGCCAGGCAGUACGCUUGGUCGUACUGCUUUGGACGUUGAAACGGCCAGUAUAAUGGGUGUGCUGAAGGAAUUUGAUGUCCGCUUUGGGAGGAAUAAGUGA